AGGGAUUUAAAGACUAGCAUGAACGGGGAUAAGAGGAACGUCGUGCUGGCUGGGCAGGGGGAUGUUGCAGUAACUCGGACCCAGGGAUCGGGUGAACCUUGGAGAGGGGGGAGGCACUGCCUGGACGGGGUUACCGCCUGAAGGAAGAUGCAUGCCGGGCAGCAGGUUCUCCUCUGCUGGCUCCCCUUGCUUUGGGCUGGGGGGAACCCCUCUGUCAGGGGGAAGGAGGGCGAACUCUGCCGAGCCUGGAGGUACGGCGAAACAUCUCGGGCCGGUGGGGCGUUCCAGUGUCCGCAGCGUCACGACAGAGCGGAGGCCAAGUACUGUUGCGGGAAUUGCCGCCUCCCUUUCUGCUGCUCAAGGGGAGAGGCCCGCCUGGACUGGCGCCGGUGCCGCCGCGCCCUUCCCAACCCGGCUGGUGUCACCCACCCUCAGCGACCCACGCCCGUGGCGACAGACCAGCCCUUUGAGAGCUGGAUUACGCUUGUCUGUGUUGUAGUGUUACUACUUGGUGUAACCCUUUGCCUCAUUCUCAGCCAUUGCAAAGACAGGCAGCAGCGUCGGCAGAGAGCCCUCUGGCUUAGAGGCAUGCUCAACAACAGAAACUCGUUCAACUACGAAGACCUUUUCCCUCCGCCUCCUCCUCCUCCACCGGGACUGUCUUUCUUCCCUGACAGUCCUCCCCCCUAUGCUGAGGACCCACCACCCUAUAGCGUUGAGGAUCCUCAUGCGAACCGUCCUCCUUCGCCUCCGUUGCCGGUGGUGUAUUUCCAUUCUGCAAGCACUGAAAACGAGGAAGAUGAAGUAACCAUCGGGCCCCUGGUCCACCGAAAUGUUCCUAGCCAUUGCUCAGAGAUGGACUCGGUAAGGGAUACUUCGGUAGACCAGUGAUGGCCGGGAGGGUUGACCCACCUGGAAGACGUGUUAGGUGGCAUGUCUACCCUACAUAGUUAAUAGUAGUUUGAUGCCACUAAAUUGCUAUGCCUUCAUCCUGCUGAACCUUUGGGUUGGUAGUUUGAGAAAACACAAUGAAUUAUCUGCUGGAAUUUGGAGAAGCACAAGAGAACUCUUUAGCAAUGAAUUCUAGGUCCAGACUAUAAACCCCAAGGUUCUAUAGGAUGGAGCCAUCAGCAUUAAAGUGGGAUCAAACCGGUAUUAACAGUGUAGGGUUGAUGCAUUCCAGGAAUGGAGUCCCAUCCAAAAAGGCCAUAGCUGGAUGGUCAGAUGUAGAAGUCCGUCCACUGUAUUCGUUGAUGCUUUUAAGAGUGUGUGUUCAUGACAUGGACUACUUGACCAACAUUUUAAUGGUAUAUGGACAUUUUUAAUGAUUUGGAACAGCACGGAGAUGCUCCCAGGCCUCCCUCCACCUCCCCAUUGAUGAAAUUGUACAAGAAAGAGAGAUGGGACGUAUCCAUCCUGCUGUAUUUGAUCUUCUUUGGGAUUGGCUGGUCAACAGUUCAAUGAAACAGGGGGGGAAAUGCACCAGAAAGGUGAACUCUCCUCCUUUCUAUGGGAUACUUGAAGGGUUUUCUCAAAUGGAGAUCACAGGUUAUGUGUCUAAAACAGCCUGGGACUGAUUCGUGUCCAGGAUGAGAGCAUGGGGGGUGGGGGUGGGGGAGGAAGACUCUGAACAAGCUCCUUCCAGUCCAGAACACGCCCAAAGAAAUGUUUGUGAGAGGCAAGGAACUGUUUUUAGUGCAAGUGCUUUUUAAAUGCAUGUCAAUAAAUGUAUGAACCUACUUGUUAAUAAAAGCUGUGUAUGUGGUCA